GGGGUCUGCACAUUGCUAACAAGGGAAGGGGACAGGAGAAGAUUAAAAAGCGGCGAAGGGCGAGUCCUAUGUACGUUUAGAAAAAUCCCUACAACUGCCCGCUAGAGUUGCAUAGUGUUACACCUUGAGGAUCUGGAAGAAGCAAGAAAGUGCAAGCAGGCAGAGAAAUGAGAAACUGCACUGUGAUUAUGUGUCUGAGACACUGACAAGAUAAAAGGUGUCAGUGCACUUACUAUUUUUCAUAUGUACAUGCUGAGGUACAAAGAACAGUUUUGACUGUUCCUGUUUCAAGGAGUUUAUGAUCUUAAAAACGCCCCAGAAAAACAGAUGGAGGACAAAGGAAGAUAAAAUCCAAGAUGGAGUCAGGAUCAAGCUAUAUACCACCUUGUUUUCCUAACUAGAUCUUGGAGGAUUACUUUAUGAUGGAUGAAGAACCUUUGGUGGACAAAACGGAUGAAGAGGAUGAAAUUGAUCUUUACAUUAACUUGACAUUAGCUUCAUCAGCUUACCUGGGAGAGGAAGGGGCAAAAGCUCUGGUAACGGACCCAGAGAAAGCGCCUGAGGAGUUGAUGGGGGCAGCUACUGUGGACGAGAAGAAACCCAAACAUGGGGAAGAACAGCCGUCCCAACUGGCAGAGACAGAGCCCAUGCUGGAAGAACUUUCCGAUAACGAGAGCCUUCGCACGGAGUUACGGCUCACUUACGAGGCCAUGGAGGAAGAGGAGGAAGUGGCCACGGCUGAGCAGGAAGAAGGCUGUGCGAACGAGGACGCUGAAGAGCCAAAUGAGCUGGGGGACCCAGCGGUCAUGAGAGCCGUGCGUGGCCAGCCCACACUGGAGAGAGAGGACUCUGCUGUUCUUGACAGUAGAGUUGCUAACAGUCUUCCCGAUUACCCUGCGGACUACCUGGCAGCAUCAAAAUCUGGUAGGUGGAAUUCUGCUGUGAGAGGAGUCCCGUCAGUAUCUUUGAUGGAGGCACUGGACAGAGCUUCCAUGUCCCGCACAGACCUCAGUUUCCUGGCCUCACCAACACAGACAAGCUAUCUAGAUUCCUCUCCUCUUGACCAUUCGGUUUUUCGAGGGAGAACACUCAAGCCUUCUCAGCGCUUCACACGGCAGCAGUCUCCCAUGAUGGCUGGCUCAGUAAGAUCGCCUUACCCAUUCACUCCACCCCGCAGGACACGCCGUGCGUUUGGCCUUAAUCAGACUUCAGGCUAUGCUUCCCCGCCUCCAUUCAGGUCCUUGUUCUCAAACGUCAAUAGCCCAGCUUGGUCUUUGACUCACACUCUUGACUCUCCACCCUUCAGUCCAUCAACCUGCAGCCAGCAGAAAUUCAGCUUUCCCAGUGCCAUGACGCAGCUGCACCCUCUGCACCAGCGGAUCCUGACCCAAAGGCAACGAGGGCAAGAGGGGAGAGUUUGUGGGGCAGAGCCCCAGCCUUCGGAGACGGACCCCUAUGCUGCGCUCAUGGCAUCGGUGGAAAGAGACUGGGUGGUGAAGGUGCAGAUGCUGCAGCUGCAGAGCGAAAACCCCCAUCGAGACGACUAUUACUACCAGGAGUAUUAUCAUAAGCUGGAGCAGAAGCAAGCAGAGAAGGGGCUCCUUGGAGGGUCCAAACCUGAAGUCCCCAAGCUAGUCACGCCGUAUAUCCAAAAAGUAGAGACCUAUGAAUCUGUGGUGCGGAUUCCAGGCUCCCUGGGCCAGGUGGCCGUGUCCACUUGCUACAGUCCUCGCAGGGCUAUUGAUGCUGUUCAUCACGUCUCGGUGGAGCAGGCCGUACGGAACCAGCGACUGCAGGUGCUCGGUCAGAUUGAGAAGAUGUUCCUGUGGCUACUGGAUAUGGAGGACACGCGGCGGAAGCUGGACGUAGCCCCGGAAGAGCAACUCCCCCAGUGCUGCGAAAAGCUCGCCCACGAAGUGGAGUGCAUUUAUCGGACUCUGCGCAUUGAAGAGUGCAGCGGCGAAGAGGACGCAAAGGACGAGUUCUUGCAGAUCCUCCUUGUGGGGAAAGGGAAGAGGCUGGUGGCCCGUCUGUUGCCACACCUGUCGCACCAGCAAGCCAAGCAAGUCCUCAACACUGUUGUGCAGCAUCUCCCUCUUCUUAUUAAAAAGGACGUGCUGGAUGAGACACUGCCCUUGCUCUACGGUCCCCUCAGCGAUGUCAUUGAGCAGCUGACCUUCAGCGAAUUGAUCGGCGUCCUGCAGGAGCUAACCAGGCUGCAACCAGAGUCAGUCAAGCAAUCCCUUGCUAUGGUCUUUGGGAACAAGUUUGCCAUCUCACUCCUAUACCUCCUGUUGAGCCAUGGUGAGAGAUGUCUUUCUUCUGGCGAGCCCCUGAAGACUCACAAUGGAAACUUUGAAAAAUGGGUGGAUACAGUACUCCUGGUUGCCAGGGAGCUGUCUCAAGUGUCCAAGGCCUCCAUGGUAGAGCCACUGCAUCUUCCCAGCAACCUCCUUUUUCUUUUCUGCCGCUAUGUGGACAAAGAUACAGUGAACCACUUAGAUGCCAAGAUGGAGUAAUCCUUUCCGUUUCCACAAAUCACUGCGGCACUUGGAACCACUUUGCGCCUGCAGUGUGGCGUCCUGGAGGUGGCGGAAAACUUUUACCGUGAGAGCCGGAAAAGUAGCUCAAACACUGUGGCAGCUUCAGAAUGGGAUGCUAAAUUUAACCACACAAGUUCUGUUCUGUUUGGUUUCUUUGUUUGUUUACUUGGGGCUAUUUGGGUUUUUAAGUACUUUAAGUACUUUGUUCUAAUUGUAAUUAUCUAGUGCUGGCACUAGAGCCCACACCGAAUGGACUUACUCAGCCUGAAUGAGCAGAUGUAGGCGAGCCUGUACAGUGGACACUUGAAAUAGGUGAUGUCAGGAGAACUUUGCUUUGUAAAACUUUGUGUACAGCACUUAAAUAAAAGCAACUGAAACCA